GCUUCCUCUCUUUUCUUCGCUCCCCCAAGUUAACAGCAUUCUGUCUUCCUCCGCCGGCCGCCACUUCAAUUGCCUCGACGACCGGAUAAAAAGCCUGAUCGCCAUGGAGGCUCAGCAUUUCUCUACGCCUCCUUCUAAAGGAGCUAUUUCGAAAUCUGGCAGCAUUACGACACCAAGCUCGUCGCCUCUACUUCCUUCGGUAAUAAGGCUAUGGCGGCCAUCAGCGCAAAGGAACAUUCGGAAUCAGUGGUCGAAGUUGUCUUCACUCAAACAACAAUGGGCUUCUUCUUCUUCUACCGGGCGAUCUCAUGCUACAUCUGUUGUCAAUGCCUAUCUAUCACAAAAGUAUAUGCCUUCUAUGGAGCUAGGUUCUCUCAGCGACAUGCUUGAUAUACGAAAUAAAGCUUGUUUAAAAUUGUCUAAGCAGCAGGAACUUUAUCGAAGUAAACUCUUAUCUUCAUACAAGGACAUGGUUGAUGUUGUAGUUCAGAUGGUCAACACUUGCAGAUUGAUGAGAUGUUAUUUCAAGGGAACAAGUAGUAGCACGCUCAUACAAUUUUCCACUAGCUUUGAGGACAAUCAAAGUGAGGAUGCUGGAGAUGGUGGUGGCAUCUCCGUAUUUACAUCAUUGACAAUCCCUUGCUUUGAGAAAUUGGCAGAGGAGCUUGUUCAAAUGUUUGGGUUGGAGUUGAAUCUGAAGCGGCAGCUUUUGAUGGAACUUCUUUCUAUUAGUUCUGGAUCCUCACAAUACAGCUUGGUCUGGUCAGAAGAGCUUUACUCGGGGGAGUUCGACAACUUGCGUUUGUGCAACUUGCUCUCUGAGGAAACUAGCAUGCCGCUUCAUCCAACCUUGAAGGGUCAUGAAUCCAAUACACAUAUGGUUAGUCGUAACCAUCAGCCAAACCCAGAAGUUUUGCAGGUCUAUCUUGUUGCAUGGCUUGCAGACGUGAACAUACACACAAAAAGGGUAGAUGAAAUAUUUGAAUUAGUUAGUGAGGAGAUUCGUGUCAGCCUAUCCUAAGAGGAUUGAUCGACAUGGAGCUAGUGAAGAACAAGCUUUGUGAUUCUACUUCGUGGAUUGAUCGACAUGGGCGCCCAUACGAACACAGAAGACAGGUUUGUUAGAACUCUGACCCUAAUUCUCAUACAGAUUAUGGGAUGGUGGUGGUUGUUUAUGGUCGGAAUCAACAGACAUUAAAACUUAACGACUAAAUCUAACCACAGCUGUUUCUUCUUCUGGAGAAAGUGAAGGGUUGGUGCAGUGUUUUUUUCCAGCCAUUAAAACUUAAUUUUUGCAGACAAAUUAGGCAACUAUUUGUCACAUAGAUUUGAUUUGAUUUUAUAUUAAGGAAACAUUAAUGAAAUUUAAUGCAUUUCUCAUGCAUAAUCCCUUCCUUAAUCACACAAAACUCCCUAAAGUUUGAUUAAGGAUCAUCAUUUGGGAAUUGGGAUUGAUACCCACAAUAAUUAAUUCCCUCAAAACAUCUCAAUCAUAAACCAUACCCAUUCCCAUCAAUUUCAUUUUCAUAUUGGUAGAAACCAAACAAAAACUCUUUAAUGCUCAUCCAAGCACACCUUACCAUACCAUUCCAAUAUAUUCAAGGCCCUUCCCAUAAUUAACCCUAUAACCCAACUAUUUAACAAAUAGUCCUUUACAAAAGCACUAUUUGCAAAUAGUGGUGCCACACUAUACAUGAAUUGCUAUAUGCCCCUUCUUAAUAUGGAUACAUUAGGCAAAAGAGAGAUUCAAUUCUUUUUUUUUCUUUUUUUCUUUCGUAUUUGCCCUUCAUUACUUCUUAUGGUUGAUUCAAAAGGGAGAAAUUUCAAUUAUUCUUUAAAAGUUGUGAUUUGCCACACAACCCAUAUGUAAGCCAUAACUUUCAUCCCCAUUCUACUCUGUUUCCCACCAUUUUUGUUGUGAAGUUGGGCAGUCAAGCAGCUGGUUCAUGAAGCCACAGGUUUAGAAGACACUAAAGUUUGAAUUGAAUACGAAAUUACAGUGAAAUUAACGA